GGGCCCGGGCCGGCCCCGCCCGCCCCUCCCCGCCCGCCGCAUCUGGCGGCGCCGGAGGAUGCUGCCGGCAGCGCUCGCCUCGCUGCGUGCCCGCGGGGCCCGGCGGGGGCCCGGGCCGGGGCCGGGGCCGGGAGGCCGUGCCGGCCGACGGCGCCGGUUACCGGCCGGCGAGAGGUCCGGGGCGUGCGGCGCGCCUCACCCGCGCGUCCCCGCUCCCUGUCUGCCGGCGGCGGAGGGCGGCGGUGCGGGGCCAUGAGCCGGCCGGAGGCCGAGCCCUGCUCCCGGGCGCUGGCGCAGGCCCGCGUCUACCUGGGGCAGCUGCGGAGCCGCGUCUCCCCGGCGGGCCCCGAGGGCGGCGGGCGGCGGGACUACCUGGUGGAGGCGGCGCGGCAGCUGCGGCUGGCGCUGGAGCGGGACGUCAGCGAGGACUACGAGGAGGCCUUCAACCACUACCAGAACGGCGUGGACGUGCUGCUCCGCGGCGUGCAGGUUGACCCCAACAAGGAGCGUCGGGAGGCCGUGAAGCGGAAGAUCACGCAGUACCUGAGGCGCGCAGAGGAAAUCUUCAACUGCCACCUCCAGCGGGCUGCGGGGGGUGGCAACCCCACCGCCACGGGUUACAGCAGCCUGCGCUUCCGGCCGAUCAGGACGCUGAGCUCGGCAGUGGAGAACCUGAGACGGUGUAAGGUUGUGGGAGUGAUCGAUAAGGUGCAGAUCGUCCAGGAUCCGGCCACUGGCGGGACUUUUAUACUUAAGAGCCUCCCCAAAUCCCAUGUUGAGACCCGUGAGCGACAGACCAUCAUCCCUCAUGGGGUCCCUUUUAUGGUCAAGCUGUUGUGCUACUAUGUGAGUGAGGACUCCAUCUUCCUCCACCUGGAGCAUGUGCAGGGGGAGAUGCUGUGGUCUCACCUCCGCUCCAAGUACUGUGUCCAGCAGGGCUCUGCCAGUUCAAACACCAUUCAAGCGCUGAGAGACCGUGGCAGAGAGGAUGGCGUGGGAAGCUCCCAGGGCAGCAGCCAAGUCUCCAUCUUCUCUGCUCAGACAGGCAGUGGCCUCCCAGGCUCUGCGACCCACCAAGUAUUGGGAAACACUGCUGCCUCGCCCACUCAGGAGCAGUCCCCUGACCCCAUGGACCCCGGCUCAGGGAACCACUGCCAGCUUCGCCCGGCUCCUGCCAGCAGCACGAGGGCUGCGCCUGGAGGGCAGGAUCUAAGCGUGACACAGGCUGCGUCUGGCAUUGUGGACCAUGCUCCAGCAGCAUCAGCCAAAGGCCCCGGCCACCUUACUGGUCAGGGCCUGGUUGUCUACCCCUGGGAUGUUCUAACCAGCGGCGUGGGCUGCGUAUCGGAGAGAGCAGCCUCACAACAAGACCCCAGGCUUCCUCAGACACUCACCCCCGUACUUAAGACUGUGAGAGGGGGCCAGCCAGGGGCCGGGGAUCUGCCAUCUCAGCAAGUGUCUGAGGUCCUCUGGGCUCGUCCCCUCCUGAUCUCGGGUCAGAGGCAGCUUCGUGCAGGAGUCGCCACGUCCAGCUCUGGCAAGCCCUGUGGGCCUGACCCAGUGGUGCGGGAGCCCUCACGGGGAGCAAGCCUGACCUGUGGCCAGCUCGGCAAGCAGCCGCUGUCAGGACAGUGCAGGGCUCUGCCUUCCCAUGGGCACGGCCGGCGAGCGUGGGCUGUAAAGGAGGAGCAGGUGCAGCUGUGGGCAGCAGAAAUCCUCCUGGCCUUAGAGGGACUUCACCAACAGGGUGUAUUGUGCCAGGACCUCAACCCCAGGAACCUGCUGCUUGAUGCAGCUGGUCAUGUCCGUCUCACCUUCUUUGGCCAGUGGACAGAGGUGGAGCCCCAAUACUGCAGCCAGGCACAGGAAGAGCUGUACAGUGCCCCAGCCACUGUCCCAAAACCACCCUUCAGGGAUUCAACCUCACACCCAGCUGCAUGUGCCAGAGGGGCUCAGCCUGGCUGCUACAUCGCUGCUCACGGAGCUCCUGCAGUACAACCCAAAGCGGCGCUUGGGCUCUGGAGGAGGUGGCAUGGCGAAGCUGAAGUCCCACUCCUUCUUCAGCACCGUCCCAUGGAACAAGCUGGUGGGCUAGGCAGGCUGUCCUUCCCGCAAGGAGCUGGGCACAGAGCCACUGUCCCUGGCACUAGUGACCCCAGGUGGCACUGGCAGCUCUGCCUGCUGGGGGGAGGUUUGCCUGCAAGGGCUGCCCUGGUGUGGGGUACACAUGAGGUUUUGCAGCCUUGCAUGUUCUUCUGUCUCUGCUUGUGUUGGUGUCUCCAAGAGAGGAGGCUGCGGUCUGGGCCAGGCUGUCUUCUCUUCUAGGUCUUCCCUGGUGGGAAAGGGAGCCCAGGUGCCCACCCCCAGGGAGAGGCUGUGCUCCCCUUCUGGGGCAUCCCUUGCUCAGCUUACCGUUGUGCCCUGGGACUCCCUCCCUAUGGUUUUUAUCUCUGUUGCUACCCCAGGGACCCCCCGGCCCUGUUAUUUUUUGUGGCUUCCAAGUGCAUCUCCUCCAGGUCCCAUGGGCUGGUGCCCAAGCCUGGGGGUAUGUUUCCAUCCCUGACUGCAUGUGCGUGUGGGUAAUGCCUGCUGUGGGGGAUGAGAUGGGAGGGAGCCCUCUGCUCUUCUCCCCCCAGCCCUCUAAAAAAAUAAACCGCUCAUUAUUGCUU